AUGGAUGAUGUGAUUGAACUUGAAGAAAUGGGAUCAAGAAAGAAGCAAAGGACACUUGGUCCAAUGGAUAAGUUUGCAACAAACAUCAAUCCAGAAUCUAGACCUCUUCCAACUAGGCAACAAAAUAUCAAUGAUGCUAUUUGGAAAGAGAAGCUACACAAGGUUCAGCAAUAUAUUGCUAGGUGGGUGUAUGCUUCAGGGGUUCCUUUCAAUACUAUCGCAAAUGAUGAGUUUAAGCUAAUGGCUGAAGCUAUAGGACAAUUUGGUCCAGAAGUCACACCACCAAGUCAACACCAACUUCGAGAGCCUUUACUUAAGGAAGAGGUUGAUAGACUUCAUGGUUUGCUGAAACCACAAGAAGAAGAGUGGAAGAAGAAUGGAUGCACGGUUAUGACAAAUGCUUGUUCAGAUGAGGCUCAUAUAGGUGGAUAUAUUUUUGAGUAUGUCAAAGGCUGCAUUGAGGAGAUUGGUGAAGAGAAUGUAGUUCAAGUGGUUACUGAUAAUGCCGCUAACAAUAUGGCUGCGGCAAAAAUGAUGAAAGAGAUCAAGCCGAGUCUAUUUUGGACAUCAUGUGUGACUCACUCUAUCAAUUUGAUGCUUGAAAGCAUAUCGAAACUCACAAGGUUCAAAGGCACAAUUCAGAUGGCGAAAGAAUUCACAAUCUUCAUAUAUGCUCAUCAUAAGACAUUGGCGUUGAUGAGAACAUUCACAAAUAGGACAGACAUCGUGAGACCUGGAUGUGUUACUAGAUUUGCAUCAUCAUUUCUUACUUUGCAAAGUCUCUUGGACAAGAGGGAUCAACUAUCAGCCAUGUUUUCUAGCGGUGAGUGGAGAAAUUGCAAAUGGUCGAAACAUUCCAAAGGAAUGAAGGCAUUUAACACAGUGAUGAGUGUUAAAUUUUGGAAUGGGAUGAUAAUGUGCUUGAAAGUUUUUGGACCAUUGGUCAAACUGCUUCGACUUGUUGAUGGAGAUAAGAAGCUUACAAUAGGAUUUUUGCAUGGAGAACUGAUAGAAGCAAAGAAUCAGAUCAGUGAUGGAUUAAAACAUGGAAAAAAAAUGUGA